CCACGGCCACGGCCGGCAGCGCGUGCCGCUGUUCAUGUACCCGCUGACGCACGCCUACUUCAUGACCUACUUUGCGGUCCUGCAGCGCGCAGAGCGCGCCGUCCGCGCCCUGCUGCCACGGCGGGACUCGGCCGCCAGCCGCGCGCUCGCCAUCUUGGCCGCGUCGUACGCCGUCGCCUACGCCGAGACCUUCUUCAUGGCCACCGACGGCCUGGCCCGGUACUUUUGGUACCGCGACCGCGCGCGCAUGCUGGGCUGGGGCUCGCUGGGCUACGCGGCCUACUUUGUCGCGGGAUUGCCCAUGGUGCGGCGCGUCGACGGCGGCGGUCGGCGGUGGACCCUCGGCAGAACGGUGCGCGAGGCGGCCGCAACGUGCAUGGCCAUCCAGGUGCUGCUCGAGGUCUGGGCCAAGCUUGCGGGGCCCUUGUAAACUCUAGGGACAAGUCACGGCUCUCACGUUUUGGGGGACCAUUCAACCUCAAGGGCGGCGGGUGUGCCUCGACACAAACGUGAUCUUUGCAACACCCAAGUAUACAAUAAUAAUAUGGCUCCCACGUUAGUGAUGCGAUUCUACCAAUACUUCGUCGUGCCGUCGUUCCAGUGUUG